AUGGCGUGUCCACACGUCGACUCUCUCAACAUCUCGCCCCCGACGCCUGCCCAGUCAGUCUAUCGCGAGGACUGCACCCAGUGCUUUGACUCUAUUGACGACGCCGACGGCCUCAAUGUCUGCCUCCAGUGUUUCAACGGCGGUUGCGCCGGCGACCGACAGCACUCCGCCCUCCACAGCGCCCUCCGAUCCCACCCCCUCGUGCUGAAUAUCAAGCGGACUCGCAAGGCUGUCACUAGGGAUGAGCCGCCCCAGAAGAUCACGAAGCUCGCCAUCUCCGCUGAGAAGGAGGAGGACAAGUACGACACCGCCCUGAACGUAAAGUGUCUCGAAUGCAAUACCCUCAUCGACUACACCCAUCCCAAGCUCGCCCCUGUGGUCGACGGAAUAUUGACGUCCAACACCUUCUCGCGGAAAGAGGAGAUCAAGGCCUGGGAGCAAGAGCUUACCAGCUGCGAACACAUCCUGCUGAUGCAGCAGGACGAGCCCCGCAAGAUUGCCUCCCAGGACCUCGGUGGCUGCGCAAAGUGUGACCUUAAGGAAAACUUGUGGUUGUGUCUGCAAUGCGGCGCUCUUGGUUGUGGUCGUGCCCAGUUCGGUGGCGUUGGUGGCCAUUCCCAUGCACUGGCGCAUUCCAAAGAGUCGGGACAUGGUGUUGCUGUCAAACUCGGUUCGAUCAGCGCCGAAGGCACAGCCGAUAUAUACUGUUACGCUUGCGAUGAUGAGCGUGUCGACGAGAACUUGGCCACACACCUCGCGAAUUGGGGCAUCAAUAUUGCCGAGAGACAAAAGACGGAGAAGAGUCUGACGGAGAUGCAAAUCGAGCAGAACAUGAAGUGGGACUUUACGACGACACAAGAUGGCCAGGAGCUGAAACCCCUGUUUGGUCCUGGUUUGACGGGUCUGAAGAAUCUGGGCAACAGCUGCUACCUCGCCAGCGUACUGCAGUGUCUCUUUGACUUGGCCCCCUUUCAGAAGCGGUAUUUCGAGGGCAACAACGACCUACCCAUCGUCGAGGAUCCCGCUCAAGACCUCGAGACACAGCUGCGGAAGCUGGCAGAUGGCCUGCUUUCCGGCCGUUAUUCCAAGCCUGAUCCUGAUGCAGUUGCUUCGCCAGGCGAGAACUCGACGGAGGUUCACCAGAAGGGAUUGUCACCCGCCAUGUUCAAGCACCUCAUCGGCCGUGGGCACGAAGAGUUCUCCACCAUGCGACAACAAGACGCCUUUGAACUCUUCCAACAUCUCUUUAAGCUAAUUACACGUGCUCGACAUCCAUCUCCUGCCGCCGACCCUACUCGGCCUUUCCGCUUCGUUCUGGAACAGCGUCUACAGUGUCUCAGUUGCAAGAAGGUUCGAUACUCGACGACAGAGCAGGAAAACAUCACAAUCAUCCUGCCAGUGGAAAAAGAGCCCCAGAAAGAAGGCGAAGAGGGCCCUGCACCAUGGAAGCCCGUGACCUUUACCCAGUGUCUGGAUGACUUCACUGUCGACGAGGUCGUGGAGCUGACCUGCUCUUCCUGUGCCUCGAAAGAGGGCUAUACCAAGCGGACGCUGUUUAAGACUUUCCCGGAGAUUCUUGCUGUUAACGCGCGAAGGAUGGCCAUCGUCAACUGGGUGGAGGUGAAAGUUGACGUUCCUGUCACUGUCCCGGAUGAGCCAUUCACCUUGGACAAAUACCUCUCUAAAGGCCAACAACCAGAUGAAGAAUCUCUUCCAGAGGAAGAGGCUCCAGCCGGCGCUUCCGCCUUCGUACCCAACGAGACAGGCUUGGCCCAGCUAGAGGCAAUGGGAUUCCCCCGUGUGCGCUGUGAGAAAGCAUUGCACGCGACAGGUAACAGUGACGCAAAUGCUGCGAUGGAGUGGCUGUUCGCACACAUGGAAGACCCUGAUAUCGAUACACCUUUGGACUUGGGUGCCACUGGUGGUGCAGGCGCAGGCGCAGGACCAAGCCCAGAGCAGAUCGAGAUGCUUACCUCCAUGGGCUUCGAUGUGCCCAAGGCCAAGAAAGCACUCAAAGAAACCGGUGGCGACAUGGAGCGGGCUGUCGAGUGGCUGUUCAGCCAUCCAGAUGACCCUGGCUCUCUCGAUGACGACGAGGGUGCUGCGGCCGCGCAAAGUAUUGUGUGCCACAAGGGCACGAGCAUUCAUGCUGGACACUAUGUGGCCUUCAUUCGCAAGCAGCUCGACACGCCCUGUUGGGUUUUGUUCAACGAUGAGAAGGUUGUUCAGGCGAUCGACAUCGACGAGAUGCGCAAGUUUGGGUACGCGUACUUCUUCAAGCGUGUGCAAAAUUGA